AUGGACUCUCCAAGAGACCAAGGAUUCAGUGGUGGAGAGUUUGAGAUAGACAAGGUCCACAGCACCAAAGCAACAAUGGAAGAUAGAAUUUGUUCUUGUUUGAAAUUCUCUUGUGGGGAUCAGAGAAAACCAAGGAAUCCGAGAGAUGGGAUUCGUACAAAAUGCUUCUUUGGCGUCACCGUCGAGAAAGUCCGUUCCGCUUCCGAUCCUCCGGCUCUCUACCCUCCCGUUCCAACGACCCCCGUUUCGUUGCCCACUCGUACGCGUCGUCUCUUCUCGUUCGAUCUACAUUCUGAUCCUUGA